AUGAGGCCACCCAAACGGUCCCCCUUCCUCCACUCGAGGCAAGCAGAUCUGCUCGAGAUCUACCGCCAUUUCUAUCCAGAUUCCACCUUCCUCCCCGACGACACUUGUUCCGUCAAAGACGCCCACAAAGCACUCUCAGUCGUCCAAAUGUGGAUUAACAGAUCUGCAUGUCCUUUCGCCGUCGAAACCACGGCACUCUUGGUUCAAAGUGUCAUCUUGGAUGAGCACAUGCAACGGAUUGCCGCCUCCACUCACCAUGGUGCUGCUUCAACAUCCUCUCUGCGCUAUGCGCUGGAGCAGAUGGGAGGAGGCGCAGAACUCGGCGUUAGACUCAAUUACAGCUUGGCGCUCACUCGAUUUGUCAACAGCGUGGUUGACUCGCAUCAGACAGGGGGGUUUGCGCAUUCCAUUGCUGCGAUUGCUGCUCGGAUUGGGUUGCCGCUGUGGUUCGUCGAGAUCCGUCACGCAGUUACGCAUGAGGAGCUGCCGAGUAUUAGUGUUUGUAGACAAGCAGCAGGUGCAGCGCUUGCCUGGCUUGAUCGACAUUUUUGGGUCCCACAGCUUUUCGCUGGUCCUAAUGCUUUGCAGUUUGCACUUGCUCAGAAUCAGCAACAAAGCCAUGAUGCAAGUGGCAGUGCGAUGCAUGUCGAUGCACCCACAGCAGCAGCCGCUUCCACCCUCGCCACUGCUGGCUCCACCUCUACCAACGCAACUAGCGCAAUUGAUCCCGAACAAGAAUCACGCAAAAAAGACCGUCGCAAAGCACUCCAAGACUUCCGUCUCAGCCUUAAAAGCUACCGCCAACUCUCUAAACAAGUCACUCGCGAUCGCAGUCUCAUCAACACCUCGAAAGAUCAAUUCCGUCGAUUUUACAAGCAAUUCGCCCUCUUCGUUUCUCGAAUUAGAACCUUGGAACCUGACUUUGCAACCCAGCUCAUCGACAAUGCCGGGGCUUACAAGAAGGGAAAAGAUGAAGAGAUCGAUGUGAGGAACAUGGUGUUGGAUCCGGAUGAUGUGGAUGAAUGUACAAAGUCGGCAUUGGCAGAUUUGGUCAAUCUGUUGUUGAUGCCUGGUGGUUUGAUUCCUUUGAGCAAGUCACGUAGCGAUAAAGGAUUGCAGAUUGGUGUCCUAACAACAUUCCACCUCAUCUUGUGCGGGAAGGACAGCAAACGAGUCAAACCAUCAGCAACAGGACCAUCCAUCACCCUCCCCACCGAGCUCGCCAAUGUUUGGACCCCUCUCCUCGGAUACCUCCGUGAUACCUUUGGUGGGAUCUUCGGUCAGCUUCUCACCGAAGAACUCUUAGAAGCAGUGCUAUUUCAACCCGAUCCUCACCUCCCAGACACCCAGAAGUCUUCUUUGCUCGACGAACCGACUUCGGCCACUGCCACGGCUGUGGACGAGAGUGAAGAUGCGAGUUGGGAAGGAUGGAAAGAAGCCGCUUUUUCCGACAUCUCAUAUCGCAAGACCGCUGAAGCUUGGAUCCGAUACCUAGCCACCACCAUCCCUCCUCCCAGUCAGAUGCACAACUCUGCCUCAACGGCUACUUCAUCACCGACGAUGCUGAUUACGGAUAGGGAAGUGGUGGAGAUGUGUCUUCCGAUGCAAUCGCCCGCUUCCACAUCCCUGCUGGAGUUUUUGUGUGAGAGGAAUGAGGAGUUGAAGGGGAGGAUUGGAGCUUUGGUUGCUCUUUUGAAAGUGUCACAGUUUGUUGCACAGGAAGAACUGGAGUUGCCUGAAUUGCCAGACAGAAAGGAAGGAGAGGGAGAGAGGCAGGGGGAGAAAUCAGGUUUCGAACAAGAUCUGGAAAAAAUGCAAUCCCGACUGAAAGAGAUGGAUGGUGUUGGACGCGGCAAUACUUGUCCACUUCAUACUUGGACUGAGGAAGGGGAGGAGAUGCGGCAAGAUGCGCCUCCUGCCGUAAACGCAGGAGAGAGUACUGUUGAAGCUAGUAAAGCGGCUGCUAGAGUGGAUCGGGGCGGGGAAAAGGGUCUAGGGAUGCCCAAAGGUUGGUCAAUGGCACCUGAGAGUUGGAAGGCAACUCCGUUCGGUUGUUUGAAUGGUCGGAUUCCGAAUCUGGUGCUCGACAUCUAG